GAUUUUAACCGCACGUGGGAGUGGUUGAAGGCAAGGAGGGCCGGAGCGAUACGCAAUUCCUGGCAAGGGCGAGCUCGCAACUAGUUCAAGCUGAGCUGCUUCUCCGAUUCCAGCCGAGUCCAGGGGCGGCCGGGCGGAAAAACCUCCGAUCAUAAGACGCCUAGGAGGAAAGUCCCGGGCUCGCAGACAGUUUUUGCGGGCGGGGUGGGGGAGAUGCUGGCAGGCUGCGCAGCAAAAUAACAACAUAACCACCCCGUUUACCCAGUUUCCCAUUCACAACGGAGUAAAUACUUCCUCCUCUGCCCAUCGCGCAUUUUUAUUUUAUUUUAUUUGCAGCGUCCCACCAAUUGGGCUGCUUCCAGUCUCUGGUGCUAAAGUUUCAAACCGCUUAGAGCCAUGGGGAAUGGGAUGAACAAGAUUCUUCCUGGCUUGUUCCUUGGAAAUUUUAAAGAUGCUCGUGACACCGAACAGCUGAAAAAGAACAACAUAACACACAUUCUUUCGAUCCAUGACAGCGCCAGGCCCAUGCUGGAGGGAGUGAAGUAUCUGUGUAUUCCUGCUGCAGAUUCGCCCUCACAGAAUUUGGUCAGACACUUCAAAGAAAGCAUUGAAUUUAUCCAUGAAUGCCGACUUGGAGGUCACAGCUGCCUUGUUCACUGCCUUGCCGGCGUUUCCAGGAGUGCCACCUUGGUUGUGGCCUACAUAAUGACAAUCACUGAUCUCGGCUGGGAGGACGCCCUGUCGGUGGUGCGAGCGUCGAGAUCAUGCGUCAACCCAAACGCAGGCUUCCAACGGCAGCUGGAAGAGUUUGAGAAAACUGAGCUUGCUCACGUCAGAGAGUGGCUCAGGGCUGAGUAUGGAGAAAGCCCAUUGCAAGACAAGCAAGAAGCCCAAGAUCUUCUGCAGAAGUUCAAGGCACAUGCAGCAGCAGCAGCAGCAGCAGCUCAGUCAAGUACUUCUGGAAGGCAGUGGAAUGAUAGAUUUUCAUCGGUAGCUUCCUGGUCAAUGCCUGCUCCUCAGUAGCAGCAGCUAACACACGAAUGCAUUGCUUUUCUGUGGCUUCGUUUGGACAACAUGAUAAAUCAUCAUGGUGGGAAUGAACCUAGGUAUGUCUUGGACUCACACGUUUCCCCUCCUCUCCUCCCCGCACAACCACAAAGAGAAUCGAGGUUUUAGAUUAACCACAGUUUAGCUUGUGUCUGAACCCUAAAUUGUGGCUCAUCAUAACUACGGCUUGUUGAAACAAGACAGCUUCGUAAACCAUGGCUUGACAUUGGAUUGUUUCAGAAAACCAUAGUUAAGAUUAACUAUGUCCAACCAUUGACAUAGAUUUGCCUAAAUUUAGAGGACACAACAAACGGUAGUUAAUCAAAAACAGAAGUAAAAAAACAAACACUUGUGGCUGUGCUAGAGAGGGGAGGGAGGAAGCACAUGAACCCAAGGCCCUCCUAGACUCAUUUCCAUCACAGUAAACCAUAGUUUGAUCAUGAUGUCUGAAUGCAGCCAGGCACUAGGGAGGGCACCUGUUAUGCCCUCCUGCACAUGCACAAAGAGGGCUUGUUUUGUAUGUAAUGGCUCCAUGAUGAGAUGUCUUACGUUUUCUUAGUAAGCAUAUCUCUUGAGAUAUGAGGAGCAGAACUCCAGAAUUCCCAACUUGGCACCACACUUGCAGGUUGACAUUGGCUUCCAUUAUGUGGGCACCAAGCCCCACUUUCUCUUCCAGUGGCUGUGUAAAGAGGAUGCCACGUUCUAACUGUCGAGAUGCCAAAUUGUUUUCUAUGUAUCCCUCGCGUUUUCUUCAGGUUGUCUGUAUUACCAGGGUUUGGCACAGUUGCACUUUUCAAAGUUUCUGGUUCUUUCGGCACAUAAUGCUCUAAAUAAGGGCAGUGCAUUUCAUGGAGGCCUUUGUGCUCACCUUGAGCUCUGGUUUUGCUGCAGGAAGCCCCUUGGCUGAAGAGGCAAGCCAUUUUCCAAUGUAAAAAAACCAGCUGCUCUCUUCAGCGACAGGGAAAUGCUGCAGUCCCAUCAGGGGACAAAGCUCUGGUUGUGUGCAUGGUUGUCUCUUCUUGUGUAUAUCCCUUCUUAAAUUAUCUUGGAAUGUAUGGCUAAUAAAGUUAUAUAUUUUGCUCUAGAGUGAAGCAGAAGUAUCACAAAUAACCUCAUCAGUAUUUAUUGUUAAUGCUUUCAUCUCAGAGAAGUUGUUCGCUCAAAAUAU